ACUUCCGCUUCUGUGCAAGAGUAGUGUCACGUCAAUUCAACCGGAAAUUACGUACUGUCCUACGUUGUCCACGUAGCUGGUAAAAUUAGUGUCAGCGCUGAGUUUUACUCAUUUGUACGGUAGUUUUGAAAGGAACUUCGCACCGGGAACAACGAAACUCUAUUGAGAAUGGAUCAAGUUACAAAAUUAGUCGAACCUGGCCGGCAAUUUGCCAAAGACAGCAUCCGUCUUGUCAAAAGAUGCACAAAACCAGACCGCAAAGAGUUCCAAAAGAUAGCGAUUGCUACUGCCAUUGGAUUCUGUAUUAUGGGUUUCAUCGGUUUCUUUGUGAAACUAAUCCACAUUCCCAUCAACAAUAUCAUAGUAGGCUCAUAAGGCUAGGAGACAAUUGUACGUUCUAAUUUUUAAGGUCCGUUAAAAUUAAUUUCCUCUCCCUGCGCUCUUUAAUUUAUAUCAACAACAAAUUGUGGUUGAAAUAUAGUAUGUGAUGAUGAAUGUGUGAAAAUGAAUUUUGUAAUAAAAUGAAUUGUAAAAAGCUGUAA